GCAUACAUACAUACACACAUAUUAUAUAUAUAUAUCGAUGAGAGAUGACAAGAGAUGACAGACCUCAAAACAGUUUCAUGUUCACAACAUGUUUCAGAGCCUUUGCACCUCUCAACUCAGUUCUCACAAGGCCAUUGCCUUUGGGUCGAGUUGGUCGCACGAGUCGCACCCUUCUUUUGGGAAGCACCUUGGGAUUCGCCACUUUGGCACCCUUUUCACCAUUGGCGCCUUUGUUCCCUUUGGCUCCCAGCCUGGCUGGGCAACUGAAUUGUGAAGAAGCACAGGGAGCACAGCCGCAGGAGAUUGCAAAUGUUCCAGCACCAGGUGGCACCUCCAAGACAGAUUCCGCCAAACCCUUUUGCGCAAAAAAUGAUGCAAAAGACACACCAGUUGGUGGCAUUGGACGCAUCGCAGCAGCAAUGCUUUGUUGGAGUUUUUUUGAAGCUUGGCCGAGAGGACCGGAGGCAGCCCAAAUGGCUGACUAGUGUAAUUACGCAUUGAAAAGCCAAUGGCAGAAUGAAAGAAAUGGGACUGGGAAAAUUGUCAUAAAGCACCUUCUGAGGCUGGAAUCUGGUUUGUAUCCAUCACGAUGCCAGCUGCUUUGAUGUGGUCUUUGGCUACCGCGAAGUGGAAACUGACGUCUGCUUUACUGGCGGCUUAUUGCUUCCCACACGUGAUAACAAUGCCUUCACUGCCUCAGAGUUGCAGCCAUGCAUUUUGGCACGGCGUACAGGGAUGGUUCCCUGAACUUGAAAUAGUCCACGUGGGCGAGCCGGAGCCAGAACCAAGCAGCCGAAAGCGACGCCUUUUUUUGCAUUCACCCGCAUGGUAUCUACACCUUGGGGGCGUUGACCUUGCCUAACCACAUGCCUGAGAUCAGGCUUUGCAUUGCUCCUUACCUGUAUCACUUCGCACCAGCCUUUCGGAUAUUUGCAGAGCUACUUGGAGUGAAGCUGGGGUCAACAGGCCCCAGAGAUCUGAAGCAUUUAAUGGAGACCAAGAACACACCCAUGGCGAUCGUUCCAGGUGGCUUCGAAGAGGCAACAAUCACAUGCAGGGGUACGGAAAGAGUAUUCUUGAAAACACGCGGUGGGUUCAUCAAGUACGCACUCCGUCAUGGCUACGAUUUGGUGCCAUGCUUCACAGUCGGAGAUUCGGAUAUGUUCAGCAACCCGCAGGGUGCUUGGAAGUUCCGUUGGUGGUUGAAUGGGCUGUCUAUCCCGGCAGUUCUUCCUUUUGGCUUCCCAGUGCUACCAUUGCUGCCAAAGAGAGUACGGGUCAAGCUGGCUAUCGGUGCGCCACUCCACAUGCCACAAAUUCAGAACCCAUCAAGGGAGGACGUUGAGAAACAUCGGAAGAGGUAUCUUGCAGCUUUGAAGGCCACGUAUGAAGAGGCCGUCCAAGGUACUGCAAGUGCAGGACGUCCGUUCGAGGUUUGGUGACACCAGAUCCGUCAACCAAGAGAGGAAUCAGCAAGAGGUUCCUCAGGUUCCUCAGUGAAUGGUCUUGCCUUUUGUCCUGAUCUUCUCCCAAAGUCGGAGAAGUUAUUGCUCUGAUUUGGGAUAUAGUUACACAUGUUAUGGCGCGAGCAAGAACAA